GACUUGCAGGCACAAAGUGGACCGGUACUUCACGGCUCCUGACUGCACGCUGGAUCAACUUUACGCGGCUUGGAGAAAUGAAUUUAUUCCACUGGCGUUUGGACUCCAAAGUUUGCUGACGUUGCAGGAAUGAUUCUCACCUUUCUUUGGAUGUUCUUGCAUUGAUGAGUGCGCACACACGCACGCAAUUUGCUCGGAUCCGCGCGUAAGUGUGCAGACGUCCCGUGUGGAAUACAAUGCUCUAGCGUGGAUGCAUCAUCGGCAUGGACUGUGUCUGACAACGAAAGGAGGACCGGACUGGCUGACUUGACCAUGGCGCGCUCGUGCAGCGUCUCGCCGCGGCUUCACUCGCUCCUGCUGCUCCUAUGGACUUUGUCUCGCUACUCGGCGUCCACGCAAGUCCGCCAAGAGUUCCAGGUGCUGGAGGAGCAGCCCGUGGGCACCUACGUGGGCCAGAUAGAGACCCGAGCCAGCUUCACGUACCGCUUCAGUGAGAGCCACAAACUUUUUGCCAUCAACUCCACCACGGGGGUCAUCUCCACCUCGUCCGUCAUCGACAGGGAGCUGCUGCAGAGUGAUGUCAUCAACGUGGUGGUGCUGUCCAGUCAGCCCACCUACCCCACGGAGGUCAGGAUUGUCGUUUUGGAUAUUAAUGACAAUGCACCGGUGUUCCCGGACGCUUCCAUCGUGGUGUCUUUCAAGGAGGAUGCCAGCAGCGGAAGGCAAGUCAUCCUGGACACGGCCACCGACUCCGACAUUGGAAGUAACGGCGUGGACCACACCACCUACCGAAUAGUGAAAGGCAACCAGCAAAGGAAAUUCCGCUUGGAUAUUACAGUCAAUCCCAGCGGAGAGGGGGCAUUCCUGCACCUGGUGUCAACAGGAGGCUUAGACAGGGAAGUCGCUCCCUUCUACCAGCUCCUGAUCGAAGUGGAGGACAAGGGGGACCCCAAAAAGUUUGGCUACCUGCAGGUGAAUGUAACCAUUCAAGACAUCAACGACAACCCGCCUGUUUUUGAGCAUGAGCAGUAUCAGGCGAGUGUGUUUGAGGAUGCAGCGGUGGGCUCCAGCAUCCUGCAGAUCACGGCGUCAGAUCAGGAUGACGGGACUAAUGCCGAGGUCAGAUACUUUCUAGAUGAGGGCACGCCUUUCCAAAUUGACCCUAAAGAAGGUACUAUUAUCAUAAAGCAGAGUUUGGAUUAUGAAAGUAAGAAAGAAUACUCCCUGACUAUUCACGCAGUUGAUAAGGGGGUGCCGUCACUGUCGGGCAGAACUGAGGCCACCAUCAAGCUGUUAGAUGUGAACGAUAAUGACCCCGUGGUGAAGUUUAGGUAUUUCCCCACUACAUCCAAAUUUGCCUCAGUGGAUGAAAAUGCUCAAAUUGGCACCGUGGUGGCUCUGCUCACCGUGUCUGACUCCGACUCUCCCACCGCUAAUGGUAACAUUUCUGUGUCCAUCUUAGGGGGCAACGAGCAGAGACACUUUGAAGUGCAUACGUCCCCUGUGCCCAAUUUGAGUCUGAUCAAAGUGGCCAGCAUUCUGGACAGGGAGAGAAUUUCCUCGUACAACCUAACGGUGUCAGUGUCAGACAACGGCAGGCCCAUGGCGCGCUCGUCUUUUGCUAGCUUAGUUAUAUUUGUAAAUGACAUUAAUGAUCACCCGCCGAUAUUCCAGGAGGCGCUGUACAGGGUUGAUAUCAGUGAGGACGUCCCUAAAGGCAGCUACAUUAAAGGCGUUUCUGCAACAGAUGGCGACUCAGGGCAGAACGCCAACCUGCGUUACUCCCUUGUGUCUGGAAACUCUUUGGGCUGGUUCUCCAUUAGUGAGAACAGUGGCCUGGUUACCAGCGCCGCUUUGUUGGACAGGGAGGUAACAUCCGAAAUUGUGCUUAACGUUAGUGCCAAAGACCAGGGGCUGCAGCCUAAGAUUUCGUACACUAAACUGAUAGUCAGCAUCACUGAUGUCAACGACCAAGUGCCCACCUUUACACAGAGCACAUAUCAUGUGUCUCUGGUGGAGCACGCCCCCGCCGGCGCUGAGCUGCUCUUGCUCUCUGCGUCAGAUGAUGACCUUGGAGAGAAUGGAACAAUCCGGUUCUCAUUUGAUGCAGAGACGCCAGCCAGCGUCCGGGAGCUGUUUCGCCUGGAUGCCGUGUCGGGGCGAUUAAGCACAGCCGCCGAGCUAGACAGGGAGCAUCAGGCCUCCUACUUGCUCCACAUCCAGGCGGCAGACGCAGGCACGCCUCCUUUGCACUCUCUUGGAAAAGUCAACAUCACUCUGAGGGAUAUCAAUGACAAUAGGCCUGUAUUUUACCCUGUGCAGUAUUUUGCUAAUGUGAAAGAGAAUGAGCCCCCAGGCACUUAUGCCACCACUGUUUCCGCCACAGACCUCGAUUUGGGUCGUAACGGCACGGUCAAGUACAUAAUCACAGCAGGAGACACAUCCAAAUUCCACAUUAACAGCAACACGGGUAAAAUCAGCACUCUAGUGGCGCUGGACAGAGAAGUGAAAACUACUUAUCAGCUGCAGGUGACAGCAGCAGAUGGCGGCGGCUUGCGCUCGCACACCCACGCCAUUGUGACCGUGACUGUAAUAGAUACGCAAGAUAACCCCCCCAUUUUUAGCCAGAGAGUUUACAGCUUUGUCAUGUUUGAGAAUGUGGGUGUCGGGACAGUUAUAGGGACAGUGUCAGCCUCCACUCUUGAUCUUAACUCUAAUAUCUCCUAUUUGAUCACCUCAGGGGACCAGAGGGGUCUUUUUACAGUAAACGCCGCAGGUCAGAUCACAGCAUCCAGUCAGGUAGAUCGAGAAGAGCAGGCCUUUUAUCACCUUAAGGUCGUAGCCAGAGCAGGUGACAUCACAGGAGAGGCCUUUGUGAACAUCACAGUGAAGGACUUGAAUGAUAACGCUCCGCACUUCAUUCACUCUGUGGAGCAUGUUAGCGCGGUGGAGAACUGGAGCACAGGUCAUGUGAUAUUCCAAGCCAAAGCCUCCGACCCCGAUGAGGGCACGAACGGCGUGGUGGUCUACAGCCUCAAGCAAAACCCCAAAGGCCUCUUUCACAUCCACGAGAAGCAUGGCCUCAUCACGCUGACCGGUCCGCUGGAGGUCACCACCACAUCGUAUGAGAUUGAGGUCUUGGCGUCAGACACGGGGGUCCCCAGGCACACCUCCAGCUUAGUCCUCAUCGUCAGCGUUUACGAUGUCAACGACAACUCGCCCGUCUUUGACCAGCUCUCCUACGAGGUCGCCAUCUCCGAGGCGGAGCCUGUCAACAGCCGCUUCUUCAAAGUGGAGGCCACAGACAGAGAUUCUGGUCUCAAUGGGGAGAUCAUGUAUGACAUUGUCGGCGGCAACACUGGUGACAUCUUUGGUAUUUUUCCAGACGGUCAGUUGUACAUUAAAACAGAACUGGACCGAGAGCUUCAGGACAGGUAUAACUUAGUGGUCGUGGCCACAGACCAGGCCGUGGAGCCGCUUAGUGCCACCGUCAAUGUCAGCGUGAUCCUGGACGAUGUCAACGACAACCGCCCCCUCUUUAACAGCACCAAUUAUGUGUUUCACUUUGAGGAGGAGCAGAAGAGGGGCUCGCUGGUGGGCUUCGUUUACGCCGAGGAUAAGGACUUUGGUCCAAACAGUGACGUUAGAUACUCAUUUGAGACUCCGCAGCACAACUUUGAGCUGAACGCCAUCACGGGGGAGCUGAGGAGCACGCUGCGAUUGGAUCGCGAGUCGCUCAUGAGACAAAGAGGCGCCGCCGCCUUCAGCUUCGUUGUCGUCUCGUCGGACCAGGGUCUCCCCAGGCCCCUCAGAGACCAGGCCAAAGUGCAAGUUUACAUACAAGACAUCAACGACAACUCGCCCAAGUUCACCAAAGACAUUUACCAGGCCUCCAUCUCUGAGUCAGCUCAGAACAUGACCCAACUGCUGCGUGUCUCCGCCUCCGAUGUAGAUGAGAACAAAAAUGGACUGGUUCAUUAUCGCAUUGCUGAGGGCAACGAGGAAGGACAAUUCAGCAUCGAAAGCAGCUCUGGACAAGUCACUCUAGUCGGAAAGUUGGAUUAUGAGUCAACAUCCUCCUAUUCACUGAAAAUAAUAGCUGUUGAUGCUGGCAGUGUGCCCUUGUCCUCCUCUUGCAUGCUUAGCAUUAGCAUACUGGACGAGAACGACAACUCCCCAACUUUCCCAAAAUCUUCCCUGUCUGUGGAUGUGCUUGAAAACAUGAGGAUAGGCGAGUUGGUGGCCUCUGUGACGGCAACUGAUGCAGACUCGGGCCAGAAUGCCGACAUAACGUACAGCAUCACCGCCACAAACAAUCACGGCACGUUUAGCAUCAGCCCCAACACCGGCAGCAUCUUUCUGUUCAAAAAGCUGGACUACGAAAUGCAGUCCUUCUACAAACUCAACAUCACGGCGAGGGACAACGGCAGACCACAGCGCUCUUCGUCUAUUCCCAUUAUCAUCCACGUGAGGGACUUUAACGACAACCCUCCCAUAUUCACGCCCGGGGACAUUUUCAAAUCCAUCCCUGAGAACCUUCCCAUCUCGGCCUCCGUCAUGACCAUCACGGCUCAUGACACAGAUGCAGACAUCAACGGGCUGCUGGAGUACUCCAUCGUCCAGCAGGUCCCCAGAGGAGGCCACUUCAGCAUUGACCCGAGCUCUGGCCUCAUCUACACCAGCAAGGAGAUUGACAGGGAGUUCUCCAAUCUUUUUGAGCUGACAGUAAAGGCCACUGACCAGGCCGUGCCCUUUGAAUUCCGCCGUUUUGCCCUAAAGAAUGUGACAAUAUGGGUCACUGACCUCAAUGAUAACAUUCCCACCUUUGUAUCACAGAAUGCCCUCGUGGCAGAGCCCAACAUCGUCAUCGGCUCCAUCCUGACAACAGUUGUGGCAGUUGACCCUGACGAGGGGGAAAAUGGGGAAGUGGAAUACGAGCUUGUGGAAGGGGACUCGGACACCUUUAUCAUGGACAGGUACAGCGGCGACAUCCGCCUCGCUUCCCAACUUGUGCCCUCCCGACUCGUCUACACGCUCACGGUGUCAGCCACCGACCACGGCGGUGACCGUAAGACCUCCAGGACGGACAUGACCAUCAUUCUGCAGGGUCUAGAUGGUCCUGUGUUCACGCAGCCCAAAUACAUCACCAUCCUCAAAGAGGGCCAGCCGCCGGGCACUAACGUCAUCUCCCUGGACGCCUCCAGCCCGCGGGGGUCCGCCACCAAAGUGGAGUACUACAUCGUGGCGGUACGCAGCAGCGGGAGAGCCGUGGGGCGACUUUUCACCAUCGGACGCCACAACGGAGUGAUACAGACGGCCGAGGAGCUCGACAGGGAAAAGGGAUCCGACCUCUAUCUGGUGGACGUCUACGCCAUCGAGACGGACGCCAGCCAGCCCAGAACGCAGCGUGCCGAGGUGGAGAUCACGCUGCAGGACGUCAACGACAACCCGCCCGUCUUCCCCAACGAUAUCCUGGACGUGACCAUCGAGGAGAACGUCGGGGACGGCUUCAAGAUUAUGCAACUGACGGCCACGGAUGCCGACGAGGGCCCGAACGCUCUCGUGACCUACACCAUCAUCAGCGGCGCCGACGAUAGUUUCCGCAUCGACCCGGAAUCCGGAGACCUGAUGGCUACCAAGAAGCUGGACCGAGAACGGCGCUCCAAGUACUCCCUGCUGGUGCGAGCCGAUGACGGGAAGCAGUCGUCCGACAUGAGGCUGAACAUCACCGUCAAGGAUGUCAAUGACCACACGCCCAAGUUCUCGCGCCCGAUGUACUCCUUCGACAUCCCGGAGGACACGGCGCCAGGCUCCAUCGUGGCGGCCAUCCUGGCCAGCGACUCUGACUCAGGGGUGAACGGCGAGGUCACCUACUCGCUGGAGGACGAGGACGAGGACGAGACCUUCCUGCUGAACCCGGUCACCGGUGUCUUCAACGUGACGCGGACGCUGGACUACGAGAGGCAGCGGUACUACAUCCUGACGGCCAAGGCGCUGGACGGCGGGGGUCAGGCCAGCACGGUCAGGGUGUACUUCAACGUGCUGGAUGUCAACGACAACCCGCCCACCUUCAACACCAGCGUCUACAGCACCUCGGUGACGGAGAGUCUGCCGCCAGGAUCCGCUAUCAUCACUGUGGGGGCCAGCGAUGCCGACGAUGGUCCCAAUGCACAGCUUCUCUACAAAAUAGCAUCGGGUGAUCCCCAGGACUACUUUGUCAUAUCCAAAGAGGGUGUCCUGCAAAGCAAGAAGGCCUUGGACAGAGAGACGCAGUCCUUCUACAACCUGGUUAUCACGGUCAAUGACUUAGCUCCGCCUCCUAUGACCCGCUUCACCAGCACUGCCCAGGUGUCCAUCAUCCUCUUGGAUGUCAACGAUUGCCCACCGACCUUCACUUCCCAAAAGAUGACGUAUAUCCAGGAGAACACGCCGGUGGACACUGUGGUCUUCACGGCCCAGGCCGCAGACGCUGACAGUGGGCCCAACAGUUACGUCGAGUACUCGCUCAAAGGACCCUUUGGCAACAAGUUCAGCAUCGGUACCAUCGACGGGGACGUCAGGUUGAUUGGAGAACUGGACCGAGAGGAGCUCUCCAAUUACACUCUGACGGUGGUCGCAACGGAUAAAGGAGAGCCUUCUCUGUCGUCAACCAUGGACGUCACCAUGUUGGUGCUGGAUGUCAAUGACAACACGCCCAGCUUCUCGCAGAACAUCUACGACAUCGAGAUCGAGGAGAACACCCUGACCGGGACUGACGUCAUCCAGGUGUUUGCCAGCGACGCGGACGAAGGCACUAACGGACAGAUACGGUUCUCCAUCUUGGGGGGCAACACCAACGGAGAUUUCAGGAUAGAUUCGGUGACCGGGUUGGUCUCGGUGGCCAAGCAGCUGGACCGCGAGGCCCAGUCGUCGUAUUCGCUGACCGUCCAAGCUUCGGACCGCGGUAGCAGCCCGAGAGUGGACCGUGCGAUCGUCAACGUCGUGUUGCUGGACGUCAAUGACUGCUCGCCUGUGUUUGAGCUCUCUCCUUACACUGUGAACGUGCAGGAGAACCUGGAAGAGCUGCCAAGAAGCAUCCUGCAGGUGGUUGCCAGAGACGACGACCAAGGCGCCAACGGUCAGCUAAGCUACAUGCUCAGCGGCGGCAAUGACGAGGGCGCUUUCAGCUUGUCGUCCAGCGGUCAGCUGAGUCUGACUCAGACUCUGGACCGCGAGGCUCAAGGGAAGUACGUCCUGCUGAUCACAGCCACCGACUCGGGUUCUCCGCCUCUGAGCGGGACAGGGACGGUGACGGUCCUGGUGGACGACAUGAACGAUAACGUCCCGGUGUUCUCCUCCUCCUCCUUCCACACCUCCAUCACGGAGGACGCCCCCACGGGAACCGAUGUGCUGCUGGUGAACAGUUCCGACACGGAUGUGGGCCUCAAUGGUGUCAUCAGCUACAGUUUGAGCGGAGGCCACGGCCAGUUCUCCAUCAACCCAGCAACCGGACAGAUUAUCACCAGCUCCCUGCUGGACCGCGAAGAGCGAGCCAAUUACCAGCUGCUGGUCGUGGCGACAGAUGGAGGGCAGCCGCAGGGCUUGUCCAGCUCUGCCACCGUGUCUGUGAUGGUGGCAGACAUCAACGACAACCCGCCGCGCUUCCACCACCACCCUUACGUCACGCACAUACCCGCCUCCACUGCGGCAGGGUCUUUGGUAUUUGCUGUUACCGUGACCGAUGAAGACUCUGGCUCCAACGCCCAGCUCCACUACUCCCUUCUGGGACGCAACUCUGACAAGUUCAAGAUCGACCCCAUACGAGGUGCCAUCACUGCCAAUGAGAAGCUGACGGGGACCUCAGAGGUUACCCUCACGGUCCGUGUUAAAGACGGCGGAGCCAGCCCUAAAACCGACACAACUACUGUGACCGUACGCUUCGUCAACGGAGGCAACUUUCCCGUCAUCAAGCUGAAGGAGCGCACCUUCACGUUCCCUGAGAGCCAGCCCACCAAUCACCAUGUCACCACCGUGACAGGGUCCUCCAGGAGGGGUGGGCCACUGUCGUACUACAUCGCUAGCGGCAACCUGGAUAAUGCCUUUCACAUUGACCAGCUUUCGGGCGAGUUGAUCAUCAGGCAUCCGCUGGAUUAUGAGCAUAUCCAGAAAUAUGUGCUCUGGAUUGAGGCACGGGAUCAAGGCUUCCCCCCGUACUCCUCCUAUGAGAGAGUGGACGUCACCGUGCUGGACGUCAAUGACAAUCACCCAGUGUUUGACAAGGAUCCCUUCCAUGCUGAGAUACUGGAGAACCUGUCACCCCAGCGAGUUGUCAUGGUUUCUGCCGUCGAUCUUGAUAACGGACCUAACGGGCAGCUGGAGUACGCCAUCAUUGAUGGAAACAAAGAAAACAGCUUCAGCAUAAGUCGAGCCAGCGGUGAGAUACGAACAACGAGGCCUCUUGAUAGGGAGAAGGUGGCCCAGUACACUUUGAAAGUCAAAGCCACCGACAGAGGGCUGCCGUCUAAAAACUCAGCUGUCAAAGUGAAAAUCAGUGUCCUUGACGUUAACGACAAUGCGCCCAGGUUUUCUAAGAUAUUCAGCGCUACGGUGGCUGAGAACGCACCCGUGGGCUACAUAGUCACCAGAGUCACCACCACGGACGAAGACGCUGGCGCUAACGCUAUUAGCCGAUAUUCAAUCACAGACACCAGCCUUCCAUUUAGCAUCAAUGCAAACACAGGGGACAUAACCAUCAGUAGGCCACUCAACAGGGAGGACACAGACCACUACAUCGUCAAAGUGUCUGCCCAUGACUCCGGCUGGACAGUUAGCACAGAUGUCACAAUAUUCAUCACGGAUAUCAAUGACAACUCUCCCAGGUUUAGUCGCCCGUCGUACUACCUGGACUACCCUGAGCUGACAGAGGUGGGCUCCUUGGUCACACAAGUGUCAGCCACAGAUCCCGACGAGGACUUCAAUGGCAAAAUAUUCUACUUCAUUCGCUCUCAGUCUGAGUACUUCAGAAUUAACACCAGUUCCGGAGAAAUAUUUGUGAAGCAGCAGUUGCGAUAUCAGAAUUCGACGGGCGCUAGUAGCUUGAACAUCAACCGCCAUAGUUUCAUUGUCACAGCCUCAGACCGAGGGCUCAAGCCUUUGAUGAGUGAGACAACAGUCAUUGUGAACAUCGUCGACAGUAACGAUAAUCCGCCUGAGUUUGAUUCCCCGAGCUAUUUUACUCCUGUCACAAAAAGCGUCAAGGUUGGUACCAAACUGAUAAGGGUCGUAGCUCAGGACAAAAAAGACUUUGGCCUCAACUCUGAGGUUGAGUACUUGAUUACAGGAGGAAAUAGCUCCAGUAAAUUUAAAUUAGAUAAAAUAAGUGGAUGGAUAAGUGUUGCGUCGCCUCUCACAUCUGACAUAAAUAAGCUUUUCCUCAUGGACGUCACAGCCAGCGACAGAGGAAAUCCACCUUUGUCAGCAGAAACUGCAGUGCGAAUUGCAGUGACAGAGGAAAACCACCACACACCUGAGUUCUCACAAAGCCAAAUCUCAGCUACAGUGCCUGAAAGCCUUGUUGUGGGGACAGCAAUAAGGACGCUGUCCGCCAGAGACAAGGAUAAAGAAAUGAAUGGCCUUAUCAAGUACAAUAUCACAUCAGGCAACCACAAGGGGCUGUUUGCGCUUAACAGCAAAACAGGGGUGCUGUCACUAGCUCAUCCUCUGAAUUUUGAAGAACAGCAACAACACGAGCUUAGAGUUUCAGCCUAUGAUGGCGGUUGGAUUGCCAAAACCAGCUAUGUCACGGUCAUAAUUCAUGUGACUGAUGUCAAUGACAACCCUCCAAUGUUCAAUCCGGAUGAGUACUUUCCCGUUGUUCAGGAGAACGUUCCGAGUGGCACCACAGUGGUCAAAAUGAACGCCACUGACCUGGACUCAGGCGCUAAUGCAGUAAUGGCCUAUGUAAUACAAUCAUCAGACAGUGACCUCUUCGUUAUUGAUCCCAACACGGGGACCAUUACCACGCAGGGCUUCUUGGACUAUGAGUCUAAGCAGGUCUACCAUCUAACAGUGAAGGCCUUCAAUGUUCCAGACGAGGAGCGCUGCAGCUUCGCCAAUGUCAACAUCCAACUAAAGGGAGCCAACGAAUAUGUACCCCGCUUUGUCUCCAAAGAGUACUACUUUGAAAUAUCUGAAUCUGCUCCAAAAGGCACAGUGGUCGGGGAAGUUUUUGCCAGUGAUCGUGACCAAGGUGAUGAUGGAGUGGUUUACUACCUAAUUUUUGGGAAAAGUAGGAAGAAAGGCUUUGGCAUCAACAAGAAAACGGGCCAGAUUUAUGUCACAGGUAUGCUGGACCGUGAGAAGGAGGAGAAGGUUUCGCUUAAAGUGUUAGCCAAAAAUGCUGGAGCCAUCCGUGGUGCAGACAUUGAUGAGGUGUUUGUGAAUAUCACGAUCCUCGACGCCAAUGAUCCUCCUGUCUUUUCCCAGGAGUUGUACGAUGUGCAGGUUAGCGAAGGUCUCUCACCUGGUAGUCUGGUUACCUUUGUGAGCGCCGAGGACUCAGACUCUGUCCCAAGCUGGAGCAGAUUUUCAUACUCCAUUGCACCAGAGUCUGAUAACAAGGUUUUCGCAAUUAACUCAAAGUCUGGCCAAAUGUCUGUUGCAGCAGAGCUAGACAGAGAAAUGACUCCUGUGUAUAAUCUGACCAUUCUUGCUGUGGAUACUGGCAUGCCGCCUUCUACUGGCAGCGCCACGCUGAUUGUGAACCUGGAAGAUAUCAAUGAUAACGGUCCAAGCUUGACAACCACGUACGCUGAGGCAAUGGAGAACCAGAAGUCUGGCACUCCGGUCACUACGCUAACAGCUUCCGAUCCAGACUUACCACCCAAUCAGGGACCUUACAUAUACAGCCUCCUCAGUUCUGGCUCUGCCAACAGUUAUUUCCACCUAAGUCCAGCUGGAGUGCUAACCACAAGUCGGGAGAUUGACAGAGAACAGAUUAGUGACUUCUAUCUCUCGAUUGUGAUCAAGGACUCUGGUGUGCCUCAAAUGUCCUCCACAGGAACCAUUCAUGUCAAAAUAAAUGAUCAAAAUGACAACCCCUCAGAGCCGAGGUCAGUGGAAAUCUUUGUUCACUACUUCGGAAACAUAUUUCCCGGAGGUUCUUUGGGAGAUGUAAAACCCCAAGACCCUGACAUUCAAGAUAGGUUCCACUGUUCCCUCAUUCCAGCUUCCUCCGCUCUCUUUAAUAUUCCUACUGGAACAUGCAACCUUAACUCAAAAGCACGUUCAACUGACGGAAACUUUGAAAUAACUAUCCGAAGCAGUGACGGCGUCCACGGCCCAGUCAGCAAUACAGCCAGAGUCGUCUUCAUAGGCUUCACAAAUGCCACAGUAGAUAACAGCAUUCUGAUCCGUCUCCAGUCUCACGGCGUCAGAAACUUCCUCACUAACCACUACCUCAGCUUCUUACGCAUUGCCAACUCUCAGCUCGCAGGACUCGGCACCGGGGUCCUGCUUUACAGCGUGUUUGAACUCAACAACCAGACUUUCGUGAUGGCAGCUAUUAAACGAGGCCAUGGACAAUACGUGAACCCUAGUGGUGUGGCCACCUUCUUCCAGAGCAUCAAAGACAUUUUGAAUAGACAGAGUGGCGUGCUAAUAGAUGCCGUGGACCAUGAUCCCUGCACGCGUAACCCGUGCCAGAAUGGGGGAAGCUGCAAAAGGCGUCUCACGGUUGGACCCGAUAUAAAGACGGAAGAAAGCGUCCCGGUGAUCCUUGUAGCUAAUCAUCCCCUGCAGCCAUACGCUUGCAGCUGCAGGCCCGGAUACGCCGGAGGGGUGUGUGAGACAGACAUCGACGAGUGCCAGCCAUCGCCUUGCCACAACGGCGGCACCUGCCACAACCUGGUGGGGGGCUUCUCCUGCACAUGUCCUGAGGGUUUCACCGGCAUGGCCUGUGAGAGGGACGUCAACGAAUGCCAUUCCAAUCCUUGCAAGAACGGGGCGCUGUGCCAGAACUUCCCCGGCGGCUUCAACUGCCUCUGCAAAUCUGGAUUUUCAGGCAAAACAUGUGAUUCCAUCAUCAAUCACUGUGAGUGUAACCCAUGUUUUAAUGGCGGGUCCUGUCAGAACCGGGUGGAUGGAUAUUACUGCCAUUGCCCAUUUGGGGUCUUCGGCAAACAUUGCGAACUGAACAGCUAUGGCUUUGAGGAGCUCUCCUACAUGGAGUUCCCAUCGCUGGACCCCAACAACAACUACAUCUACGUCAAGUUUGCCACCCUGAAGAACGACGCCCUGCUCAUGUACAACCACGACAACCAGACCGGAGACAAGGCAGAGUUUUUGGCGCUGGAGAUCUCUGAGGGACGGAUGCGCUUCUCCUUCAACUUGGGCAGUGGAACAUACAAAUUGAUGACUAUGAUUAAAGUGUCGGACGGCCAGUUCCACACGGUCAUCGCCAGGAGAGCGGGCAUGGCUGCAUCGUUGACGGUGGACCUGUGCGGUGAUGACCAGGAGCCAGGAUACUGCGCUGUGAGCAACGUGGCGGUGCACACUGACUGGAUCCUGGACGUGCAGCCCAACCGUCUCUCAGUGGGGGGCAUCAGGUCUAUCGAGUCCAUCCUUCAUCGGCACGGUCAAGUCGCCACCCACGACUUUGUGGGCUGCAUCAUGGAGCUUGCCGUCAAUGGCCGCCCGCUGGAGCCCAGUCAGGCGUUGGCAUCGCGCGGCAUCCUUGACAGAUGUCCAAGACUGGAGGGAGCGUGCACCGCCAGCCCCUGCAGACACGGGGGCACCUGUUUGGACCGCUGGUCUUGGCAGCAGUGCCAGUGCGUGGAUGGCUUCACUGGCAAAUACUGUGAGAAAUACAUUACUGCGGACACAGCCCUGUCCCUGGAUGGCACCGGCCGCCUGGACUACGCCCUCAAGCAGGGCCCCAAGCGGGACGUCCUGCUGCGCCGCUCGUUGCAGGGCGCCGCCUCCGAACCCACGGCUCCCAGCCGUCUGGAGUUGAAGUUCAGGACCCGCGGCAAGAGCGGAACUCUGCUGCACGUCCAGGAGAGCAACAACUACACCACAGUGAAGCUAAGGAACGGCAACAUCCAUUACAUCUCGGACGCAGGUGUGAGCGGAAAAGUGGAGCGCACGGUGGGGGACGUGACGCUGUCGGAUGGUCAGUGGCACACUCUCCUGCUGGUCAAGAAUGGCUCCACCACCUUCAUCCAAGUGGACAGCAGCCACUCCAGGGUCAUACAGCACCCCACCCAGGACUUUGGAGGACUGGGCGUCUCCACCUUGUCUCUCGGAGGCAUCCCGUCUGGACCCGCCCAGCAGAAAACGGCAGCAGGUUUCGACGGCUGCCUGGCCUUUGUGAAAUAUAACAACGAGAACCUGCCUUUUACCGGAGAACACAGCCUUGUUGCAUUAACAAAGACAAGUCCAUCCGUCAAGAUUGGCUGCAGAGGUCCCAACCUGUGUGAGAGCAAUCCCUGCUGGGACGGCUUGAUGUGCAUCAACCGGUGGUACACCUACCAAUGCGUCCCACCAGGCGACUGCGCCUCCAAUCCCUGUCAGAACCACGGAAGUUGCGUGCCAGAUCCCCAUUUGGGUUUCUCCUGCGUCUGCUCCGAGUUCUACACCGGCAAGACAUGCGAGACCCUUGUGGCUUGCCUGGGCGUCCAGUGCCCGCAAGGAACCACCUGCAAGAUAGCCAACAACGGCGGCUUUGUCUGCAGCCCAAACCCUGUAACAGAGGCGAUGGUUCUGCCGAUUUGGGCAGUCCCUGCUAUCGUCGGCAGCUGCGCCACAGUGCUGGCCUUGGUGGUGCUCAGUUUGAUCCUGUGCAACCACUGCAAGGACCGCAAUAAGACCAAAGUGCCAAAGGAGCCCAAGGAGAAGAAACCCAAGGAGAAGAAGAAAAAGAAGAAGAAGAAGGGUAGUGAAAAUGUGGCCUUUGAUGACCCCGACAACAUCCCGCCUUAUGGAGAUGACAUGACAGUGCGGAAGCAACCGGAAGGAAAUCCCAAGCCAGAUAUCAUUGAGAGGGAGAACCCUUAUCUGAUCUACGAUGAAUCCGACAUCCCUCACAACAACGAGGCUGUCCCCAGUGCCCCCUGCGCCCCCUGUAAUGGUCCAGAGGCUGACAUCGAGCACUAUGACAUCGACAACGCCAGCAGCAUCGCUCCAUCCGAUGCAGACAUCAUUCAGCACUACAAGCAGUUCCGCAGCCACACACCCAAAUUCUCCAUCCAGAGACACAGCCCACUGGGCUUUGCCAGGCAGUCACCCUUGCCCCUGGGCGCCACAAGCUACGCCUACCAGCCUCAGUACACUCAAGCACUUAGAGCCACCCCGCUAAGCCACUCCCACUCAGCUUGCCCCACUCCCAACCCUCUCUCCAGACAUUCCCCAGCCCCCUUCACCAAACCCGCCUCCUUUUACAGAAACACUCCCACCAGAGAGCUCAACCUAGCCCGCCGUGAGGGCAGCCCUCUGGACCUGCACAAUGACAUGUGCCAGCCACCGCCCAUGUUCAACUACGCCACCCGGCUGGGCAGGCGCAGCAAGAGCCCCCAGACCAUGGCCAGCCACGGCCACGCGUCCCGCCCGGGCAGUCGGCUGAAGCAGCCCAUUGAGCAGAUCCCCUUGGAGACAGGGCCCCCUGUAGGGCUCUCCAUCGAGGAAGUGGAGCGGCUCAACAAUCCGCGUCCUCGCAACCCCAGCAUCUGCAGCGCCGACCACGGGCGCUCCAGCUCAGAAGAGGACUGCCGGCGGCCGCUCUCACGGGUUCGCAACCCCGCUGACGGCAUCCCUGCGCCGGAGUCCUCCUCGGAGAGCGACUCCCACGACUCUUUCACAUGCUCUGAGAUGGAGUACGAUCGGGAGAAGCCCGUCUCUUAUAGCUCGCGAGUCCCCAAGCUCUCACAAGUCAACGAGUCUGAUGCAGACGAUGAGGAUUACGGCGGGAGGCUGAAGCAGAGGCGGUACUCCAGCCGGCGGGCGGAAGGGGGUCCUGGUGUUGCUCAGGUUCCCCCCAGUGAGCAGCACAACACCUUGCCUCACAAACUUGGCCCUCCAGCCGGGGGCUUCAACUGGGACAACCUUUUAAGCUGGGGUCCCGGUUUUGGACAUUACGUAGACGUCUUUAAGGACUUAGCCUUGCUGCCUGAAAACACGUCAGCAAAAGACAUUGAGAUGAACAGUGGGGAUGGGUCUGUCACCAUCCUCAAUGAAGGAGAAGCGGAACAAUAUGUAUGAGACUAUUUAUUUGGAUCCGAUGUUCUCCAGUGGACUACGUGUUUUUAAGUAAAUUAAAAUAAUAAAAGACGACUUUCAAUGCAGUAAGGCAGAACCUGACACCUCAAAAGGGGUUACACGUCUCCGCUCAGCAGUCCUAUCUUGCACAGGGAGAUCCUUAUGUUAUCUUGGUGAAAACCAAUAUGGUCUCUCUCUUCCAGCUGCAAGAUUAAAUACGUUAGCGUUAACACGCCCAGGGAGAGAAUUCCAAAAGAAAACUCUGUUGCUAAUGAAUUCCCUGCAAAGGCCGCACGUGUCUUUGAUCAGCCUGCACCUGCACAUCAUCCCGUUCUUCGUCUGUUAUCGCCUCGUUUUGUGUUUUCUCACAGAAGGCUGGCUAAUCGCUCCAAGAGUGAGGAUGAAUCAAGUCGCCUGCCUUACAGACAUUUGAGGAUUGCAGCAUGAGGGAGGGUGUUUUUUGUUAUUUUUUUUAAUAUUUGUCACAAAACCUGACAUUUUUUCUUUCCAGGCAACAUGAUGGACCCGAUUAAAAAAAAAAAAAAAGAC